CGCGCCGGGAGGAGGCCGCGGCGAAGGUGGAGGCUGAGGCCGGGGGAAGUGAAUGGUUUUACCCAGAGGGCCGUGCGCCGCCUUUCUCCGCUGGCCCCGGCGCGCCCGGCAGCUCCUCCCCGGCCAUGGCGUUCACUUUCGCGGCCUUCUGCUAUAUGCUGGCGCUGCUGCUCACCGCCGCGCUCAUCUUCUUCGCCAUCUGGCACAUCAUAGCAUUUGAUGAGCUGAAGACCGAUUACAAGAACCCUAUAGACCAGUGUAAUACCCUGAAUCCUACAGUUGAAAAGGUCAAAAAGAUUAAAAGAGUCAAAAUUGCCCUAAAGCUUGUGCUUCCAGAGUACCUCAUCCAUGCUUUCUUCUGUGUCAUGUUUCUCUGUGCAGCAGAGUGGCUCACCCUCGGCCUCAAUAUGCCCCUUUUGGCAUACCAUAUUUGGAGGUAUAUGAGUAGACCGGUGAUGAGUGGCCCUGGCCUCUAUGACCCGACGACCAUCAUGAAUGCAGACAUUCUAGCCUACUGUCAGAAGGAAGGAUGGUGCAAACUAGCUUUCUACCUUCUAGCGUUUUUUUACUACCUAUACGGCAUGAUCUAUGUUUUGGUGAGCUCUUAGAACCACACAGAAGAACCGGUCCAGUUAAGUGCAUGCAAAACGCCACCAGUGAAGGGAUUCUAUCCAGCAAGGUCCUGUUUCCAAGAGUAGCCUAUGGAAUCUGAUCAGUUACUUUAAAAAAUGACUUCUUAUUUUUUAAAUGUUUCCACAUUUUUUGCUUGUGGAAAGACUGUUUUCAUAUGUUCUACCUGGAUAAAGAAUUUAAAUGGAAUUACGUAUAAAUUAAUAUAAAAUGAUUACCUCUGGUGUUGACAGGUUGAACUUGCACUCUUAAGGACCAGCCAUAACCCUCCGAGUGAUUGCAUUAAUUACAGGCCGCCCUCAGUCUGUUGGAAGCUUUGUUUAGAGGACUUGUUGGGCUCAUUUUGGUUUUAUUGAAAUGCCAUCUAAAUAUAAAUUAGCCGUAGAUAAUGAGGUGCUUCUGGUGAACUGAAAGCGUGGGAAGCAUCGUAGGUUUCCUGCUUAUCACUGUAGAUGAUUAUACAUGGACACAGCCGUAGGAAGAGUGGGGUCUCGUUCCCUGCCGACUUGAAUAUUAUCCCUAUGUAUUGCAUGAGAGGGGUCUCCCUCACUCCAUCAGAGUAAUACACUUGCUGUAAUUCUUAAGCCUAAGUGCUAAUACACAUGCCGAGUUACCUGUAAAGAAUGCACUUAAAGCUAUUCUAAAUGGGUUUUUAUUUGUAAGACAUUAUUAUCUAAGAAAUCGGUUAUAUUAAUGCUUACUGUUCUAAUCCAGUGGUCAAGGUAUUAAGAAUUUGCAAGUACUUUAGAUUUUCAAAAAACGAAUGAGAGAACUGUGUAACCGCCCCGCUGUUCCUUCAGUGCAACACAAUAAAACUCUGAAAUGAAGAUGCUUUGCCGUGCACUGUUUUAAAGACGACAAACAGCUAUUUCUCAAACCCGCUCAACCCAGCAUAAUAAAACACACUGCUGUCAUUUUUAGAA